AACACCAGACUAUAAGGUAUAAACAUAUCAACUGUAAACAUAAACAAUUUUAAGGACUGACGUAGGAUAUCUACUAUAAACAGAAUUGUUACUAACAGUAAUUGUACAUAGUAAUGAUGACGAUUGUAUUCCGGGUCCAUUUGACUGGAUUUGUGCUACUGUCCUACGCUGUGUUAAUCGCUAGCAUGUCUGUUCAGAAACUGACGGUGAACAGUAGUCAACCGACUCAAGAGACCAAAUCGUCCAGCAUGCCUGAAUCAUUUAACGAGGCCAAUGGUGCUGGGAUAAUGCACACGCGUGGUGUUGGAUCUGCUAGGAGGUUCAAUAAUACACUGAGUUUACACAAUCUAUUUAGACGGGAUGUGGACCCACCGGCUGCAAAUAUGCCCAAACUGGGAUGGAGUUCUUAUUUGGCCCGUCUAGCGGAGCUCUGGUCUCGUCAUUGCAUCGUGGGGUACGGUCUUCCCCUAACGCUCAACCCCCUCACUUAUAGCGGUCAGAUACUCCAAAACAUCUGGGCGGGAGGACGAAAUGGCUCGAUAGAGGACGCCCUCUCGUCUUGGUUUAAAGAGGGAAAUUAUUACAACUUUAAGACAAGGGCAUGCUAUCGAGCUAAUGGCUGCAAAAACUACCUCACGAUGGUGUCUGCCUAUGUACAUGAAGUUGGAUGUGGUUUGUCUUAUUGCAAUGAUGACGUCAUUGUUGUCUGUUACUAUGGAGCCAGGAAUUACAAGUCACAUGAGUUGCUGUAUACUCCUGGCAAACCUUGUUCUCAGUGCGGUGCCUUCGAGUGGUGUGACAGUGGACUCUGCAGAUCAUCAUCUGACAAUGAAAGAAAGGGUGACACUGUGGAAACAAAAUGCGUUUACAACAACAUCAAUCUCGAAUCAAAUGACGUGAUAUUGAAUGCAGUUUCUGUAGAGGAUGAGUCACAUUUGAAACGCCCAAGACGGCAUACCACGGAAGAUACCCAAGCAGCUUGUGAUGCUCUCUAUUUUCCGUUAAUGGUCUUCGUGAUCAUCCUGAUCGUGGUUGUAGGGAUCGGCUUUUUGAUAGGGAUUUUCUAUAUGUUGGGACACGUAUGUAGAGACAGGUGCUGCAGCGACUUGUGUACCUCUACUAGUGAUGACGGGAGCUGUCUGGGGUGCUGUAAUUCAAGCGAAGGUUCGAGCAGCUCCGGAACGAGUGAAACAAGAGGCAGGUCACUCUGCUGCAUCGGAGUUUGCAGACUCAAGUGCUGCAAGACAGGUAGCGUCAAACCAGAGGAGGAAGGGUACUCGACCACUGAAAGCAUUCCGCUGGAUCCUGAAGAAAUUGAUGAACCCCAUGAUGAACCGGGAGGUUCAGACUCGCCCGAUGCAAAUGUUUUGGGUCCAGCUCAUGUCUCGAAACAAGUUGAUGUAGAGUGUGUAAAUGCCGCGGUACAAGUUGACGUUCCGGAUCCGGUCCCUGCCGCCACACAGUUUGACGUCCCCGAUCCGAUACAUGCGGCGACACAAGUUGAUGUAGAAUAUCGGGCGGUGUGCACCAACACGGAUGAACCACCAGCAACCAUUGAUCGAUCAACGUGUAUCAAGGAUCUACUGCACACCAGUGACGUUGCAGUUCAGGUUGAUGAGGAAGAUGAUACUACAACGGACAGUGGAGGAAGUGAUGAUACCAGUGACCCGAGCGGAUGCAGUAGCCACAGUGAUAAGCUAACUGACCCAAUAGACUCGUCUCAAGGCGUGUGUUUAGUGCAUAACUGCCACACAUGCGAUCUUCACAGGCGAGAUCAGAGGCAGGUAGACAAGCUAAAAACAGACAACAUUAGAAAAUUAAUCAAAGCUUCUAAGAAUAAAAACCUGGCGCCUGGUACUUAUAUUAUCUGAUUGCAUGAAGAACCUGCUCCCUUCGUUCGCUCGCCAUGAUGGCUUUACUGAAAGGCACUGGCCACCUUUGGUAUUUGUCAAAGAUCAGUAUUCUCACCUGGUGCAUC